AUGAAUCCUUCUGGGGCCGAGCCACGGUCCGGAGAAGCCGGAAGGCGUGCUCUCAAGGCCAAUAAAGCAUGUGUGCCCUGUCGUGCACGCAAGACUAAAUGUGAUGCCGCUGAGAUUGGCCUCCCCUGCAGUAGCUGUACUAGCAGGCAGUGUGCCAAGGACUGUGUGCUACCAGUCCGUAAGGGUCGGCCGGCCCAACUUUUGACUCAUGAUCCUCUGGAUGUCCAAGGCCCACGCCAGACUGAGCUAGAUCUGUUUUAUCUCAAUAUCUUGAACGAGGCCGGGGAAAAAACUACGGAAUCUAGUCGACAUCAUACUGUUCCCAGCACUCCCUACCGUCCUAGCCCGAAAGACAGUUUUAGUCCUCGGAACUGUUUAUGGGCCAAGCUACCUAAAUUGGACGACAUUGACAACGAAUUUCUUGUCAAGAAGGGCGUUUUUGAUUUACCACUUUCGCGCCAACUAACAUACUUUGACAAAGUCUACCCUUUUGCUCCCGUGAUCAACAGAUUUGAUUUUAUUCGCGGCUAUCAAUCCGGCGACUGCUCGUUAUUUCUUCUCUACGCCGUUUUGGCACCGGCCAGUGUCCAUGCUCCAGCAGAUGUUUUAUCCGCCUGCGGUUUUACAAGCCGCUCGGCCGCACAAGAAUUGUUCUACUCCAAGGCCAAACUGCUCUACAACUUUUCCGCCGAAGAGGACCCAUUGUUGAUGCUACAGGGAUCAAUUAUAUUGUGUAUGGUAAUUCUUGACCACCCUACUGACCAAGACUUUGGCUACUGGUUCCACAAUGCGGUUCGUCUUGCCACUAAGCUUGAUAUACGCAACACGUACGUUUUUCACUCCUGGUCCAUGGGGCCUGCGACGAGUACUGCGGGUAUUAACUGCCUAUGGAAUAUUCACAGGUGUACUCGAGAAGACAAGUUUAGUACAGUCAAGUUAUACAGAAGGAUCUGGUGGGCACUCUACACGCUCGCGACUACUCGCAAAUACUUCUACGAUCAGAGUGAGAACGGAGGAUGA